AUAGUGUGAAUUUGUUUAGUCAUUUCGUCUAGCGCUUUCUCGAAUUUUAAUCAAUUUUAGUUCUAUAAAAAACAGUCACAAGCCAUUUAACGCAUUUACUUGAGCACAAACAACGAAGGCGUUAGUACGCAACUAUGGAGUUUCCACACUUGGGCCAACACUGCAACGAAGCCACAUGCAACAGAUUAGAUUUCCUGCCUGUUAAAUGUGACUCAUGUGACAAGGUGUUCUGCGCCACACAUUACAACUACGAGCGUCACAAUUGUCCAGGUGCCCACAAGAAGAACUUUCAAGUGCCCAUAUGUCCGCUGUGCGGGGAGCCUGUGCCGACGGCUCCUGGCGUUGAACCAGAUUUAACGGUUGGCCAGCACAUCGACAAGCAAUGCAAAUCGGAUAGCAAAAAAAUCUACACAAAUCGCUGCCAUGCGAAGGGCUGUAAACGCAAAGAGCUGAUACCCGUCCUUUGCUCCCAGUGCAAAUUAAAUUUCUGUCUACGUCAUCGUCACACCAGCGACCACGACUGCAAGCCUGCGAGUGCAGCCGGAUCGUCUGCCCCGGUGGCGUCGGCGGGCACAUCUCAGGGCAUUUUUAAAAUAUUCACCGAUACACGGUCAAUGGCAGCGCAGGCAGCCGAGAAGCGACGCCAAAGCAAACCACAAGCAAAUCCCCCAGCAAGGAAUGUUCCACUAGCAGCUGCAGCCGCUGCUACACCCAUUCAAGUUCAAACUAUACAAGGAAAUAUGACUGAGGACGAGGCUUUGGCGCAUGCGCUAGCUUUAUCCAUCAUGGAGCAGGAUGAUGCAGCUAAUACAAAUCGGCGCGGCGCCACGUCCGCAGCCAAUACGCAACGCGCAGCGACUGUGGGUGGACGCGAUUCGCAGCAAACAAAUGGAAAGGAUAAAUGCUCACUUUCCUAGUUCUGACACCGUACGAAACAUAUCCAACACCUGACCAGCGGCCAAUGUGUGCUGCCCUUUUAUUAGAUCUUUAAUUAAACUAAUUGUCAUUUUGUUUGUAAUUUA